GACUUGCGUUUCUGCAGUCCCCUGACGAUAUAACCAUCUUUAGUGCGCGAUUCGCCUUCACUACAACAUUUUCUCUCUGACUAUUUACGUUACGCGACAAAAAGGGGAUUCGCUACUUGAUGAUUCGAAACGAGGAUAGGCAUUAAAGCUGAAUUUAAUGAAGAAUGGAAGCAAAUAGGCGUUGGGGAAAGCUAAAAGAUUGAAGGGGGGGAAUGAGCGUUUAGGCAGCUUGCAACAGAAGGAAAUGGCAGACCGCUUUGUCCGAGUCAUUUAGCGACGGAGUUUCAUCAUUAGAAGAAGGAAAAAAAGUCUUGUGGUAUUCCACAAGGCUUUUAUAUUUGGUGGAUUGUUUCUGGUAAUAUUUUUCUUCUUUUUUUUCGCGCUUUGCUAUUUUGUGCUCUUUUCAUGUGUCUCUCUUUCUCUCUUUUCUCCUUCUCUUUUCUGAUUUUUGUUUGGCUUUUUAUAUUCUGUCAACGGUGUUUCUUGGAAGGCUGGAUUUGCAUUCUAUGGCGCAAAAACAAGGACUUGGCUGCAGUGUCUGGAAUUGGACAAUUUGCGAGUUAGAGCUAGCUUUUAUCCUUUUAUAUUUUUCUUGACAAAGACGGUCACCCAAUGUGUAUAAUUGUCAAUCAUGCUUCUGAUAUAUAUCUAUAAGCAAAAUGCUAAUGGGAAAAUAAUAAUCGUAUU